AGUCUUUUGGGGUUGGAGGAGGGGCGCGAGCGCGGGGCAAAUCUGGCGGGAAAAGGCAAAAAAAAAAAAAUUAGGUGGCGCGCUGUGGCGAUUUCAGUUCUCAGGGCGCGGCCCAGGAUCCGCUGUUGCACGAGGAAGGCAGAACGCCCAGGUCUCACGUUUUGGUGAAGCAUUCAUCUGGUUUUGGUUUAUACAAUUUGAGACUAUUUUUUAAUAGGAUUGAACCCAGGAGCAUCUGAGCUCCCCAGCCCAGGAUUUUAAUUUUAUUUGGUACUGAGUCUCAGUAAGCCAGGCUGGCCUUAAACUUGAGAUCCUCCUGCCUCAACGUGCAGAGUAGCUGGUAUUAUAGGCAUGUAUCAUCACACCUGGCUAUAGUAUACAUCUAUAAUUCCAGCAUCUUGGAAAGCUGAGGCAGAAGGAUUAUGAGUUCAAAGUCAGCCUCAGCAAUUUAUUGAGGACCUAAGAACUUAGCAAGACCCUGUCUCUAAAUAAAAUGUAGAAAAUGUCUGGGGAUGUGGCUCAGUGGUUAAGCGUCCCUGGGCUCAAUUCCAGGGUCUCAUUAAGUUGCUAUAUCCCCAGGUUUUUUUUACUUUUUUGAGACGACAUCUUGCUAAGUUGCCCAGGUUGGCCUUGAACUUGGUAUCCUCCUGUUUAAGCCUCCCUGGUAGCUGGGAUCACAGGUAACAGAAAUGAGUGUAACUGGUAUUGCUUCAAGAGUUGAAACCUGGCUGUUAGCUACGUGGCAUGUUAAAGUACCUCUAAUGUGGCUGGAAGCUUGUAUUAACUGGAUCCAAGAAGAAAGUAAUAAUGUUAAUUUGAGUCAGGCACAAAUAAACAAACAAGUAUUUGAGCAAUGGCUACUUACUGAUCUGAGAGAUUUGGAACAUCCUCUUUUACCUGAUGGCAUUUUAGAACUUCCAAAAGGAGAAUUGAAUGGAUUUUAUGCUCUACAGAUUAUUUCCUUGGUUGAUGUAAGUCAACCUGCAUAUUCCCAGGUACAGAAGUUGAGAGGAAAGAAUACAACUAAUGAUUUAGUUACUGCUGAAACACAAGUUACCCCCAAACCUUGGGAAGCAAAGUCUUCACGAAUGUUGAUGCUGCAGCUAACUGAUGGAAUUAUACAAUUGCAGGGAAUGGAAUACCAGUCUGUUCCAGCUCUUCAUAGUGAUCUUCCUCCAGGUACAAAAAUUUUAAUUUAUGGAAACAUUUCUUUCCGUCUUGGUGUUCUCUUGUUGAAACCAGAAAAUGUAAAGGUUUUGGGAGGUGAAGUAGAUGCUCUUUUAGAAGAAUAUGCACAAGAAAAAGUACUUGCAAGAUUAAUUGGGGAACCUGAUCCCGUUGUUUCAGUCAUACCAAAUAAUUCUUGCCAAAACAUCCCCAGAGUUACAGAUGCUCUAGAUCCUGCCUUAGGACCUUCUGAUGAAGAACUCUUGGCAAGUCUUGAUGAAAAUGAUGAACUUGCAGCAAAUAAUGACACCUCCUUGGAAAGGUGUUUCAAUACAGGUAGUUCCUCAAAUACUAUUCCCACAAGACAACCAGGUAUUGAGCCAGGAUUUGUUGUUUCUCCUAGACCAAAGGAGAAACCACCAAACCAAUCUGUGCAUUUCACUGAUGGGGAAGUAGAUGACUUUUCACUGGAGGAGGCCUUGCUUUUAGAAGAAACUGUCCAGAAAGAACAAAUGGAAACUAGAGAAUUGCAGACAUUGACUUUGAACAGAAACAAAGAUGAAAACAUAGAGAGAUUUUCACAUAAACCUAAUACUCUGCAUGACUGUUCUUUGAUUUACAAACAAGAAAAUAGUAAAUGGAAUGAAGAACAUUUAUCUAAACAAGGGACUCAUGAAGAUAGGUGUUUUGGUAGUCCUUCUGCUAGAGACAAAAACAGCAGUGUUUUUUUGGAUCAUUGUAAUGUGUCCUUAGCCCAUGAUUUUACAAGAAAAGAUAAAAACUCAGAGACAGAUUAUAAAAUAAAACAAAUCAUCAGCCGUUCAAGUAGCUAUUCCUUAAAUGAUAAAAUAUUAAGUAAAGAACUGGUCAAUGAUGUAUUGAAAAAAAGCUCACAAAUUUCUAAUGAAAAUGGUUACCAUUUACAUACCUGUUCUUUACGUUCCUCAGAGACUAGCACUGAUUUUUUUACUGGCAUGGAUUUGUAUUCACCACCUUUUAUCUAUUUGUCUGUUCUAAUGGCUAACAAACCAAAGGAAAUUACUACAGUGAAAAUCAAAGCAUUUAUUGUAACUUUAACUGGAAAUCUCUCAAGUUCUGGUGGCAUUUGGAAUAUAACUGCAAAGAUUUCUGAUGGUACUGCAUACCUCGAUGUAGACUUUGUAGAUGAAAUACUUACUAGUUUGAUAGGGUUUUCCGUACCAGAAAUGAAACAGUUAAAAAAAGAUCCUCUUAAAUACCAAAAGUUCCUAGAAGGUUUGCAGAAAUGUCAGAGAGAUCUAAUAGAUUUGUGCUGUCUAAUGACUAUUUCAUUUAAUCCUUCCUCGUGUAGAGCAGUGGUACUUGCAUUACAAGAUGUUAAUAUGGAACACCUUGAGAACCUAAAGAAGCGGUUGAAUAAAUAAUUUACUAAAAUAUA